AUGUGUGAUAUUUGGAUAGGAGAACAAUCUCUUGCCAUACAAUUCCCAGCAGCUUAUAAUGCUUCAGCUUCGAAGAUGAACACUGUUAACCAAAUGUACUCGAACAGCACUAAUAGUUGGGUUCUUGGUAUUACGAGAAGAGUACAAGACCAUGUAAUAAGAGACAUUGCCACUUUGCUUCAUCUUCUCGAAUCGAAUGGAGCGAUUCCUACCACUUCACCUGAUGCCAGAGUCUGGAAAGAUGGUCAAAAAACAGGUGAGUUCACUGUCAAAAAGUGUUACAAUUGGUUGCUGAAAGAAAAUAACAUCGAGGACACUCAGCUUGCUCACGUUCGCCCAAAACUACUAUGGUCGAAACUAUGGCCAUCUAAAGUAAGCUUUUUCUUGUGGAGUGCAACCAAGAAUAAGAUUCUCACUCAAGAUCAGUUGUGUAGAAGACGGUGGAAGAAAACAUGGGUCAAUCAUUGUUAUAUGUGCAUAAGUGAUGCAGAAACCCCCGUACAUCUGAUUCUUCAUUGCAGUGUAGCUAGCCACAUCUGGAACUUCUUCCGUGCAGAAUUCAAGCUCAUUUGGACCACUCCUCCUACGAUAGAUGUUGCGAUAAGCUCAUGGCCAUGCCCUUCAAGUAAGUCAAGAAAAAAUCUAGUGAUUAAAGCUUUACCUGCUGCCAUUCUUUGGUUCUUGUGGAAGGAACGGAACCGCAGAGCUUUGAACAACAAGACGCUCAUAAUUGCAAAGAUUAUACAGAAGAUCAAACAUACUAUUGCUUACUGGCUAAACCUCCAACCGGAAUUCCAGAACUCCUCACUUAAAGAAUUCACGAUCAACAGGGAGAGAGUGGUUUUCGAACCACCCUGA